AUGGCGGAGCUGCAGAUGCUGCUGGAGGAGGAGAUUCCUGCGGGACGGAGGGCUCUUCUGGACAGUUUCACUAACCUGGAGAAAGUAGCCGAGUACUGCGAGACCAACUAUGUUCAGGCUGCAGAUAAGGAGCGAGCGCUGGAGGAAACCAAGAGCUACACCACGCAGUCUCUGGCCAGCGUGGCGUACCUCAUCAACACGCUGGCCAACAACGUGCUGCAGAUGCUGGACAUCCAGGCCUCGCAGCUGCGCCGCAUGGAGAGCUCCAUCAACCACAUCUCUCAGACGGUUGACAUCCACAAAGAGAAGGUGGCUCGGCGGGAGAUCGGCAUCUUGACGACCAAUAAGAACACGACGCGCUCUCAUAAGAUCGUCGCUCCGUCCAAUCCGGAGAGGCCGGUGCGCUUCAUCAGGAAACCCAUCGACUUCAACGUGCUCGACGACAUCGGGCACGGAGUCAAG